UGGUGAAGACGACCUGGAUGACGAUGAUGAUGAUGAUGAUGAUGAUGAUGAUGAUGAUGAUGAUGAUGAUGAUGAUGAUGAUGAUGAUGAUGGUGAUGAUGAAGAUGUUUACGAUGAUGAAAAUGAUGAUGAUGAUGAAGAUGAUGACGGAGAAGUUUUGAAUGAGGAUGUUUUGAACAAAGAGGCAUAUGACGAUGAUGAUUUGGAUGAUGAUAAUUUGGAUGAAGAUGAUUUUGAUGAUAAUAACGAUGAUGAUGAUGAUGAUGAUGACGAUGAUUUGGAUGACGAUGAUGAUGAUUUGCAUGAUGAUGAAAAUCAUGAUCGUAAUUUGGAUGAUGAUAUUUCAAAAGAAGAUGAUUAUGAUGAAGAUGAUUUGGAAGAAGAAUAUUAUCUGGAUGAUGAUGAUGAUUAUGAAGAUCAUGAUAAUAGACAUGAUGAAGACGAAGAAGAUAAUUUGUAUGAAGAUCAUGACGAUGAUGGUGUUGUCGAUGAUCAUUGA